AAAAAUAUUGAAGAUCAUAACAUAAAAGUUAGAUGACCAAAAUGGACAUCCGGGGUGCUGUGGAUGCUGCUGUCCCAACCAAUAUUAUUGCUGCUAAGGCUGCAGAAGUUCGUGCAAACAAAGUGAACUGGCAGUCCUACCUCCAGGGGCAAAUGAUUUCUGCUGAAGAUUGUGAAUUUAUUCAGAGGUUUGAAAUGAAGAGAAGUCCUGAGGAGAAGCAAGAUAUGCUUCAAGCUGAAGGCAGCCAGUGCGCUAAAACGUUUAUAAAUCUGAUGACUCAUAUCUCCAAAGAGCAGACAGUUCAGUACAUUCUAACUAUGGUUGAUGACAUGCUGCAGGAAAAUCAUCAGCGUGUUAGCAUUUUCUUUGACUAUGCAAAACGUAGCAAGAACACUGCCUGGUCCUAUUUUCUGCCAAUGUUGAAUCGCCAGGAUCUCUUUACUGUUCAUAUGGCUGCAAGAAUUAUUGCCAAAUUAGCAGCAUGGGGCAAAGAAUUGAUGGAGGGCAGUGAUUUAAAUUACUAUUUCAACUGGAUUAAAACGCAGCUGAGUUCACAGAAACUGCGUGGUAGCGGUGUCGCUGUUGAAACAGGAACAGUUUUCUCAAGUGAUAGUUCUCAGUACGUGCAAUGUGUUGCUGGGUGUCUUCAGCUGAUGCUUCGGGUUAAUGAGUACCGCUUUGCCUGGGUUGAGGCAGAUGGUGUAAACUGCAUAAUGGGAGUUCUGAGUAACAAAUGUGGCUUUCAGCUCCAGUAUCAAAUGAUUUUUUCAAUAUGGCUCCUGGCGUUCAGUCCUCAAAUGUGUGAACACCUGCGGCGCUACAAUAUCAUUCCUGUUCUGUCUGAUAUCCUUCAAGAAUCUGUCAAAGAAAAAGUAACGAGAAUUAUUCUUGCAGCAUUUCGUAACUUUUUAGAAAAAUCGACUGAGAGAGAAACUCGACAAGAGUAUGCUUUGGCUAUGAUUCAGUGCAAAGUAUUGAAACAACUGGAGAACUUGGAACAGCAGAAAUACGAUGAUGAAGAUAUCAGUGAAGAUAUAAAAUUUCUCUUGGAAAAACUUGGUGAGAGUGUCCAAGAUCUUAGCUCAUUUGAUGAAUACAGCUCCGAACUUAAAUCUGGAAGGUUGGAAUGGAGUCCUGUGCACAAAUCUGAGAAAUUUUGGAGAGAGAAUGCUGUGAGGUUAAAUGAGAAGAAUUAUGAGCUCUUGAAAAUCUUAACAAAACUUCUGGAGGUGUCAGAUGAUCCACAAGUUUUAGCUGUUGCUGCUCAUGAUGUUGGAGAAUAUGUACGGCAUUAUCCACGAGGCAAACGGGUUAUUGAACAGCUUGGUGGAAAGCAGUUGGUAAUGAACCACAUGCACCAUGAAGACCAGCAAGUCCGCUACAAUGCUCUGCUGGCUGUGCAGAAGUUAAUGGUGCACAACUGGGAAUAUCUUGGCAAACAGCUGCAAUCUGAGCAACCUCAGACAGCUGCUGCCCGAAGCUGA